GAACCGCGCCGCUGUAGUACGAGAUGGAGACAUGGCUCUGACAAUGAACCAAGCUGCCGUCGAUGUCGGCACUCAGCCUACAGAGAAAGCUGAUGAAGACGACAGAUCUGUGCCCAGAUCAGACAGCGGAAGCGGAGACGAUUCCCUGGACAGCCUUCUCAACUGCCCUUUGACAUCUUCUCUGUCGCCGCGGAAACGGACAACCAGCCAGAGCAAGACCGAGCCCCCCCUGCUGAGGACCAAUAAGAGGACGAUCUACACGGCCGGGCGCCCACCCUGGUACAACGUCACCGGCACCACCUUCAAAGAGGCCUUCGUCAUCGGCUUGUGUGGAGGAAGUGCUUCUGGGAAGACCACCGUAGCCAAUAAGAUCAUAGAAGCCCUCGAUGUUCCCUGGGUGGUUCUACUCUCCAUGGACUCCUUCUACAAGGUCCUAACCAGAGAGGAGCAGGAGUUGGCCUCCAGGAACGAGUAUAACUUUGACCACCCGGAGGCGUUUGACUUUGAGCUGCUGGUGACAGUGUUGAGGAAGCUGAAGAAGGGCAAGAGCGUCAAAGUUCCCGUCUACGACUUCACCUCCCACUGCCGGCGCAAGGACUGGAAAACUGUGUAUGGAGCCAAUGUGGUCAUCUUUGAGGGGAUUCUGGCUUUUGCCAACAAAGAGCUUCUGAAGCUGCUGGACAUGAAGGUGUUUGUGGACACAGACUCAGACAUCCGUCUAGUACGGCGUCUGAAGAGGGACAUCUCGGAGCGCGGCCGCGACAUCAACGGGGUCAUCAAGCAGUACAACAAGUUUGUGAAGCCGGCGUUUGAGCAGUACAUAGAACCCACAGUACCAGUGGCAGACAUCGUGGUGCCCAGAGGGGGAGAGAACUUUGUAGCGUUGGACCUGAUUGUGCAGCAUGUCCACAGCCAGCUGGAGAAGCGUGAGAUCACAGUAAGGUCGGCCCUGGCCUCGGCCCACCAGGGGCAGCCCCUUCCAGAGACUCUCAGUGUCAUGGAGAGCACACCUCAGGUCCGGGGGAUGCACACCAUCAUCAGGAACAAGGAUACGAAUCGUGACGAGUUCAUCUUUUACUCCAAGAGACUGAUGAGACUCCUGAUUGAACAUGCUCUCUCUUUCCUGCCCCUCAAGGCCGUGUCGGUGGAGACCCCCCAGGGUUCCUUCUACGAGGGGAAGAGGCUGAGUGGCCAGAGAAUCACAGGUGUGUCCAUCCUCAGGGCGGGGGAGACCAUGGAGCAGGCUCUCAUGGCUGUAUGUAAAGACAUCCGGCUGGGGAAGAUCCUCAUCCAGACCAACCACGAUACUGGAGAACCAGAGCUGCACUACCUCCGGCUGCCCCGGGACAUCAGUGAGGACUAUGUGAUCCUGAUGGACAGCACCGUGUCCACUGGAGCAGCUGCUCUCAUGGCUGUCAGGGUGCUGCUGGACCAUGAUGUCGAGGAGGAGCAGAUCUUCCUGCUGUCUCUGCUCAUGGCUGAGAUGGGAGUCCACUCCGUGGCCUAUGCCUUCCCCAGGGUCCGCAUCAUCACCACGGCCGUCGACAAGAAGGUCAACGACCAGUUCCACAUCAUCCCUGGCAUCGGUAAUUUUGGGGACCGCUACUUUGGCACGGACGCACCCUCAGACUGGUACGAGAGUGAUGAAGGGAUGGACUACUGAAGGAUGAAGGGAUGGACUACUGAAGGAUGGAGGACAGGAAAGAUGGAGGGAUGGAAGAAAAAAGGGUGUUUCACUAUCCAAGCACUUUGCCAUGUCUGCUACUGAAACCUUUUCUACCCCCCCCCCCCCUCGCCCUCCUGCCCCCCUCGCCCUCCUGCCCCCCUCGCCCUCCUGCCCCAUCAGUGACACCUGCAGAGAGAGACAGAGAAAGAGAUUACAAAUGUGUGUAGGAGCGUCUCUGAUACUGUUUGUUGCCAGUUUUCCCAUGUGUGAGACCACGGUGACGAGGUCGUAAACAAGGUAACCAUGAUAACCAACCAGGUCAUACAGUGUUAAGCACUGCAACCAUGGUGACCAGGUCUUACCAUGGUAAAACGCAGGGAGAUUGAAGGCUGUUCAUCACUAAACAUGUGGUCUAGCUCCAGUCUGGUGUGAUGGUGUGGUUUUAGGUUGGUAGUUUAACAUCGACAUCAUCAAUACUAGACCUUUUUCAAAUAUAUAAAUAAGCUUCCUUAUUAUCUCACUGCUUUUGACACCAUCAGUAGUUUGCCGCUGCAAAGCGUCCAUCUGUCAGCUCAAGUGAUCACUGAAAACCACCCAGAGCAGUGUGUAGUAUUGAGACUGGGCCACAGAGGAGUGUGGAGUAUUGAGACUGGGCCACAGAGGAGUGUGGAGUAUUGAGACUGGGCCACAGAGCAGUGUGGAGUAUUGAAACAGGCCCACAGGGUUUCACUGAUUCUAAGGUGUCUUAGCUGAGGGGGAAAGACUCAGGCAGUAUUUACUAAUAAAGGGAUAUCUUUGCCAUCUUUGUGUGGUAAAAUAAUGUAGACUUGAAUCUGGGCGAUGACAUGAGGUGCCUCCAUGUAGAAUGACCUUGCUCACAUUUCUCUGGAUGAUAUACUUGAAUGCUUUUAUUUCCAUUGUAAAUUAUUUCCUUGCCAAUGUCUAAAGAGUAAAUGUUUAUUAAAGUCUUCAAAUGUAAAUGAAAAUGUGACGACCGGUACUUUUAAAAAUAACUUAACGUUUACAACAUAUUGGUUCCAGACUAUUGGUUUAGUUUAGACCCGGUAGAAAAACCGCGUUAUUGGAAUUUUUCUUAGUUCCUUGUCGGUAAAGUACGGGGCUGCCCUUCGGCAUCGUCAGACUGUAGAACUGUAUUUUGUUUCUUACUGGAACUGCACGUGAUCAUGUGGUUACAUUGUCUAAAACGGCUCAGUUACAUUUAGGAUUUGUCUCAAAACUAAAAAGUUGUGUUGUGUCGGUGUGGUUGGGCAAGAUGGUAUUAAAAAGGAUCCGUUUAUAACCCUUAUUCCCAAAUGCAACUUUACAAACACAAUACAUACACAUUCUAUGUUACUAUUUUAUGUUGAAACAA